UCCCAACCAAAUGCCCACACAAGACGAUACGAUCGGCAACUUCGGCUCUGGGCAGCAUCUGGACAGCAAGCGCUUGAGUCGUCACGAGUCCUAGUAAUCCGCGGCACCGCAACCUCCACAAGUAUAUUGAAGAAUCUCGUCUUGCCAGGCAUAGGCUAUUUCACGAUUCUGGACGCCGGAGAUGUGACACCUGAAGAUGCAGGGAAUAAUUUCUUCCUUCACUACAACAGUAUCGGAAAGCCUCGCGCAGAGGAAGCAGUCCGGUUUCUUAAUGAGAUGAACGAUUCCGUACAAGGAGAAGCUGACACAUCGGAUAUUUCCUUGGUUAUUACUCAAAGGCCCGAAUACUUCAAAACUUUCCAUCUCGUAAUUGCUCACAAUACGUCUGAAUCCGUUCUUGCACCUGUCUCAAAAAUCCUGUGGGAGGAUCCCCUUGCUCCUCCCUUGAUAGUGGUCCGCUCAGCAGGUUUUUUGGCGGACUUUUCUGUUCAGUUUCAUGAGCACACUAUUGUUGACAGUCAUUCGGAGGACUUGCCAUCCUAUCGCCUAGAUCAGCCUAUCCCCCCGCUUCUGGAGCACGCGCUUUCGCUCGACCUGGAUGGAAUGGACGUUACAGACCAUGGCCACAUCCCAUACUUUGCGAUAUUAGUGAGGGCAAUGUACGAAUGGAAGCGGGCUCAUGGAGGAAACGCCCCUUCUUACAAAGAACUCAAAGAUUUCAAAGAACAGAUCGUGAAGAUGAAAAAGAAGGAUGACGAGGAAAAUUUUGAUGAAGCUGUGUCUCAAGUUUACAAAGUGUACCAGAAGACAACGGUGCCAAGUAAUAUACAAACAAUGUUUUCUGAUCCCAAGUGUGUUAACUUAGAUGAGAAUUCGUCUCCUUUCUUCAUUUUGCUCCAUGCGCUCUCGAUCUAUACCAAGUCAUCGAAACUUUCACCCAACCUUCUGCCCCUCUCACCCACCCUUCCCGAUCUUAAAUCUGACACGAAAUCGUACAUUCACCUCCAGCAAAUGUACAAAGAUCAAGCAAAUGCUGAGAAAGCCGAAUUCAAGAGCAUCUUGCAAGAAGUCGUAAAAUCUAUUGGUUCUCGGGUUAUAUCGGAUUCUCUUAUCGAUGAAUUUGUCAGAAAUUGCCAUCAACUUAGACUAAUGCGGGGGAAGGCUUGGGGGGAAAGCGACAAGAAGGGACUCUUGCAGUCCAUCCUAACCAAUCCAGCCCAAGUCUCCACGAACCUGGCACUCUCAGCUCUUUUUGCUUACGAGGCGAAGAAUUUCCACUUCCCCACUCCAGGCUCCGAUGAAGAUUUGGCCGUUCUUACCACCUGGGUAUAUGACGUGCUUGCGAAAGCGGAAUGGAAGAGUGAGGAGCAGCAUUUAGCUAAUGCCCUUGCCGAAAUCGUCAGAGCGCCAACAGCUGACCUCCCAACAACAGCGGCUCUGCUUGGUGGUUUCAUUGCUCAAGAGGCAAUUAAGUUAAUUACGAGGCAGUAUAUUCCCAUUGAUGGGACUUGUGUCAUUGAUAUGAUUUCGAGUACAACGGGUACAAUCAAGGUGUAA